AUGUGGGAUACUGCAUACCUGAAAAGGGUGACGCUAAUUUCUUUUUUUCUUCUCGCGGUUAAGUACUUGGAAUAUUAUUCCAUAAAAAAAGGGCACAGAAAUGAACGCACCAGUUCUUUUGCGAAACCGCAAGCAGAUGCGUUAGGGCACUACUUAGGAGGGCGCACCCAUGAGCGGAAAACACUGACCAGUUUUCCAGCAGGGUUCCCAUUGCACAGUAGUAGCAGCGGUGUACCCCAGAAUUGCCCUAAGGAGGAUGCGUUAAGUGUAAAUGGUUAUAUCAAACGGAAUAAAAAGAAGGGUGGCGAAGUAUGGGCACUCGACCAAAGUAACCUUACUUUGUGCUACAAUGGGGUGACCUCCCACGGGGGGGAAAGUUGCGCUAAGCCGGUUGCAUCAGCGCGAGUCGGGGCAAAGAAGAACAACUGUGCAUGCAGUGAUAAGGACGAUUUUUACAAAAAUGGAAAAGAGAAAAAUGCACCCAUGCUGGGUGGGAAAAUUGUAAACCGAAUUAUCUCUCACUUCUUUAAAUUGCUUGACGAAUGUGCACAAGUGAAACGUAAGCUAGCCAGUGUGUUGGAAGUUUUUCUCACUAGAGGGGGCACGCACAGAUCGAAUUUUUUUCCCCCCCCUGGAAACCUAGCCGACGGUGGUGCAUAUACAUUUAUGGAUGAAGAUAAAAUUUACAACAAAUUUUUUUAUCAUCCUUAUGUGCUUCCUCCAAAUGGAUACUUAACCACAGAUGGAGAAUUGUUCCCUUUUCACUACUCCCAUUCUGACCGUGUCGGAAUUAUUAAUAGUGAGGGCAUAACAAAUGGCAGAAUCACUCUGGACGAAUGGCUAGAAAAAGGAACACAUGAACUGGAUCACAAAUCAACAUGGGAUAGAAUGAGGUGCAAAAUUGACCCCUUGGGAGGAAGCAUCAGGGGCAUGUCAUCGAAAAUGUCAGGCAGAAGGUUAUCGGACGAAAUACCGCUGGUCAAAGGGGGCAAUAAGGACGGCCAGGGGGAUAAGGGGAAAGAUGAUAGACGCAAGGAUGACGAUGACGCCAAGAAGAACACGCCUUUGCAAGAUGGUUAUACAGUACACCAUCCCCCGGAGAAAGAUAAUAAGAAGAAAAGAAUAUGCAGGUUGUUGUCACCUCAAUAUAUGUACCAAAUUAUGCCAAAUUAUGAAACGGAGCUAGAAGAAAAAGAAAAAAAAAAAGAAUGUAUUAAUUGCAGGAUAUUGUCAGAAGGAAAUUCCAAAAUUGAGGACAAGGAUAAGGAUGAAAAAUAUAAGACAGAUGAACAACAGGAAAAUGACAAAAAUGAAAAGGAAGAACCUAAAAGAUCGAUAUGCAGAAUCUUGCAGGAGAAUGAUAAGAAACAGAGUCGUUCGACCAAUAACAUCGAUGGAAUAAGAGCAAACGACGAAAUAUUAAGAGGGAAGGAUGGUGCAAGUAGUAAGGGGUAUAGACAGUUUAGAAUCCUGUUAGAGCAGGAUCAAAGGUCCUAUUCCUCUGCAAUGGGAAAGGGUGCAGAAGGAAGAAAGAAUCAGCGAGUCAAUGGUGUAUGUGGUCGGAACAGUAGACAGCUUGCAAUUCUACAAGAACAUUUUUCACCAGAUGAUGAUUCUUCAGACAUGAAUGGAUAUGAUGGAGAUGGAAUCAGAAGCCAUGAUGGAAGUGGCACGAAUGGUAAGCAAUUUAGGAUUCUAGCGGACAGUCCAGACGGAAGUGAUGUAUAUUUGGAGAUAGAUGGACUUGAGGGAAGUGGCGGAAGUGGAGGAAAUGGGGAUGAUAAAAAUGGAGGAGAGGGGGGUGAUGCAGUCGUCCCUAACAGUAGGAGGAUCAGAAUUCUUGCACAAAAAAGUUCAUCAUCAGAUGGAAGAAACUAUGAAUCAGAUAGUCUAUUUAAUGAUACUAAAACUCCGAAAAAUGGAGAUGAAGGAGAAGAGUCUGAUGGAAGCAACAGGGGAAAUGGUUCGAAUGGUAGACAAUUUAGGAUUCUGGCACAAGAUGGUUCAUCACCAGAUGAUGAGAAGUAUGAGUCAGGUGGAGGAAAUGAGGGUAGUAGCGCAAAUGAGGAUGAUACGAAGGAAGGAAGGACAAAUGAUACGUUCGGAUUUCAAUGUAGAGGGUUCAGAGUUCUGACAGAGGAAGGUUCAUCAUUAGAUGGAAAAGGCCAUGGGUCAGAAAAGGGAAAUGAAGUAGAUGUAAGUGGGGGAAGUAACGGAAACGGAGAUGGUGAAAAUGAAGAAAAAAAGGAAAGACUCUUGUCUCACUAUAGAAGGCCUAGAAAUUUAGCAGAAGUGGGUCAAUCAUCCGAUGGUAAACUCAAAAUCAUGCCAGGUGGAGCAGGGGGACAUGGAGGAACAGGAUCUGAACAAGGAAAUAAUGGAGAAACUGAUAAUAACAAUUGCUCAGACUGUAGAAGGAUUAGGAUUCUGAUGGAAGAUGUUUCUCCAUGGGAUGAUACAAAUUACAACGCGGAUGGAGGGGAAAGUGGAGGCAGUGUUGGUAGUGGAAGUUCCUCGAAUAUUAGACGCUUUAGGAUCUUGGUUGAUGGUGACCAAGAAUUUCCCUAUAAUGAUGUCAAGAUUGGGGGGCAACCAAUUGGAGGAGGUGUAGGACAUGGAAAUGGAGGAAAUGGAAUGGGCGGAAGUGGAGAUCAGGGAACUCAGUCUGAUGGAAGCAACAACAAUGGAACUAACACAAAUAGUAGGCAAUUUAGGAUUCUUGCACAAAAGGAUUCAUCAACAGGCGGAUCAGAGGAUAAGGAAAAUGAAGGAAGUGAAGGAAGUAAAGAUCGGGGAACUCAGUCUGAUGGAAACAACAAUGAAGCUAACACAAAUAGUAGGCAAUUUAGGAUUCUUGCACAAAAGGAUUCAUCAACAGGCGGAUCAGAGGAUAAGGAAAAUGAAGGAAGUGAAGGAAGUAAAGAUCGGGGAACUCAGUCUGAUGGAAACAACAAUGAAACUAACACAAAUAGUAGGCAAUUUAGGAUUCUUGCACAAAAGGAUUCAUCAACAGGCGGAUCAGAGGAUAAGGAAAAUGAAGGGAGUGAAGGAAGGAAAAAUCAGGGAACGCAGUCUGAUGGAAACGACAAUGGAACUAACACAAAUAGUAGGCAAUUUAGGAUUCUUGCACAAAAGGAUUCAUCAACAGGCGGAUCAGAGGAUAAGGAAAAUGAAGGGAGUGAAGGAAGGAAAAAUCAGGGAACGCAGUCUGAUGGAAACGACAAUGGAACUAACACAAAUAGUAGGCAAUUUAGGAUUCUUGCACAAAAGGAUUCAUCAUCACGUGAUACAAACGAUGAUUCAGGUGGAAAAGAAGGUCCAUUAGAUUUAAGUUCGAGAAGUAAAGAUCGGGGAACUCAGUCUGAUGGAAACAACAAUGAAGCUAACACAAAUAGUAGGCAAUUUAGGAUUCUUGCACAAAAGGAUUCAUCAACAGGCGGAUCAGAGGAUAAGGAAAAUGAAGGAAGUGAAGGAAGGAAAAAUCAGGGAACUCAGUCUGAUGGAAACGACAAUGGAACUAACACAAAUAGUAGGCAAUUUAGGAUUCUUACACAAAAAGAUUCAUCACAGGAUGGUACAGAUUAUGAUUCAGAUGGAGGAGAAAAUGAUGGAAAUAAAACUAGGGAAAGUGUAAUUAAGGGGAAUGGAGGUCAGGGAAAUGAAUCUACUGGAAACUACAAUGGAAAUGGUUUUAACAGUAGAAAGCUGAGGAUUCUGGCUCAAGAAGGUUCGUCAGGAGAUUGUACGAACGAUGGGCCAGAUAAGGAAAAUGAAAGAAUUGUAGGUAGGGAAAGUGUCAUUGAGACAAGUGGAAAUCAGGGAAGUACAACACAUAGAAAACGUGAUGGUCAAGGAUCGAGUACUAGACAACCUAGUCUUUUAUCAAAAAUGGACCAACCAAAUAAGAUCAUCAACGGAUCAGAUGAAUUAGGCACAGGAGUGUUUGGUGGAUCAGAUGGAGGUGACCAAGGGGGUGAAGGAAAUGGCGGAAAUAUUACUGAUGAUAGAAAAGGUGUACUUUUAUCAAGUGCUAUUUUGUCCUCUACAGAUGGGCUGCAAAAGAGCGAAGUGGGAUAUAAGGGGGAAGGGAAGGAAGAGGAAAGAUUGUCUAAAUAUCUGACGGGUGAUGUGGAAAAAAUGUCUAGUGGAUACAGCACCAAAGGAGUGAAGGCAGCGUCGGAGACAGAAAAGGGAAGAGAGGACCGAAGUUCGAGUGAAAAGGUGGAUAUGUCACCCAGAUUUAAAAAGUACGAUAUAGAUGAAGAGGAGGAAGAAGAAGAUGAAGCGGAUGAUGAAGAGGAAGAAGAAGAGGAAGAAUUAAAGAAGAUCGAAACAAAUAAGGGUAAGUACUACUCAUGUAACAUAAACGAAACGACCCAAUCGUUGAAUAAGGUUGCUGGUGAUUAUGUCGGUUCGGCUCCUGAUAGAAAGGCGAAUAAGUUGAAGCGCCUUAUUAAGGGCAGUUCCGGUGAGUGGGGAGAUUCCCUGAAGUCUUCCAGUUUGUCUAACUACGGAAAAUACGGGAAUUAUGGGGAUCAUUCCAGUCAGGCUGCUACUCACAAGCAUGCCAGUUACAAGCACCUGUUCAGCGAAAGCGCUUACAUAUACAGAAGGGGCAACUACUACUUUAUCAAUCCGAGCCCAUUUAGUAUAGUAAAAAUGAAGCAGCAAGAAGGAGUGCGACAUCCUAAAGGCAGCCGUGAUUACAUGGACUGCUACGCCACCUGGUUUAGCAGCAAGCAUAACUCAUCACGGGGAAAUGAAUAUGCCCAUAGACAUAUAAAGCAAAUAGAAGAACUACUCCCCGGUUCUUUAACAGGUUUUAAAAACAACGAUGGGUAUAUGAGAUUACUUGUGCCUUCCUUUGUCCCAGAAGACACAUUUUUGCAUUGCCUUUUUAGAAGUGAGUCUUAUCAUGGAAUGGUGGAUGGAGAGGGUCACGUCAGUCGAACUGAGUCAUACCCUGUGAAAAUUUAUUUGAAGAAAAAUUUAAGCAAAACGAAAGGAUGCUCCUUUCAAGUGAAGGAAGGAAACGUAUUUCACAAGGAGUAUGCAGAGAGGGAGUCAUUCCUAACCAGGAAGAUAAUCAUGAAUGAAAAAAACAGUAGCAACAACGAGUGUGUGAUAAAUGCGUUUAACGAAAUUGUGGGAUUUCAAUGUGGACCCCCUUACUACAGAAUGGACAAAAAGGAAAAGCACACUCUGGACGGUUAUAACAUGACCAGUGAGAAAAAGGAAGACAAUCUGAUGAGCCAAGGUGUAUCCAAAGGAGCCUUUUUUAUGACUGAUCCUCCAUACUGCUUUGAGCAUGUGAAUGAAAAUCAGAACGUGAUGGAUAUUUUGCCCGGCAGUUUUCCCUUCCCAAGUUCGAAUAUGUUGGCUGGACAGAUUGAAGCAAACCAUACGAGGUAUAUAAAAGUGGACAAGUUCAGUGAGAGCAAAACUAUUGCAUGCUACUGCAACUAUUAUAAGGAUAACAGCAUCAUGUAUUCUGGAAAGAUAAUUAUAAAAGUGCAACCCAGCCAAGACGCGCAUUUGAGUAGUAAAGGUGGUCACCUAGGGGAGUCUGAAGAAAAGGUAAAUUUUGUCAAAGGGGUGGAAAAGAAGAAGGGCGCUGCUAAGGAAGAUAUGAAUCUUAUCCUAGAAAAGAGAAGCUCACAUAGGGGAAAAAACUACGACAGUGAUAGGGAUGCACACGGUGGGGGUAAGAAAGGGGCUGCUUCCACCGAAUACACGCAGGACAUGGCAAAGAAGAACUUCAUCUCCAACAUUAACCCCAAACACAAGGAAGGAAUAAACAGCAUUUUCUUCAAAAAGAAUAUGGGGCUGUCGACCGUGAGUUAUGACGUCAUCCAACGAUUUGGCGACAAAUUCAAGGGUGAAUAUGUUGAGGAGGUGCCCCUGGAGGAUACCUACAGGGAGGAAGGUGACUCUGCUGGAGGUGCCUAUACCGACUUGGAUGGCGAAGCUGACACACAGGAAUAUGACGAUGAGUACACAGAUGCGUAUACCGAUUCGUAUGCUGAUCCGUAUGGAGAACCCUACGAUGACGCGCAUACCGAUCCGUAUAGCAGCCUCGAGGAUGAUGCCAAUGGAGACUUCCUUCUCGACUUGGACAGCCUCAUGAAUGAAAACGCACCCUCCAAAUAUAAGCCCCUAGACGGAAGCGUUGAUCUGAAGGACAGUAUCAUGCAUGCUGGAGAGUCCCAAACCAUUACUGUCAUUAACAAAUCUAAAAAUGUUAAGCUGAUGCUUCCACAGUUGGGGGCAAUGAAAAAGACGGAUGGAGGGGAUCGGGGGCUCCCCCACCCUAAGGUGAUCUCAGUCGUUUAUGAAGAGAAAGGGAAUAAACAUGAGAAUGUGAACAAAUCGCUCAAACUGUUUAAGGAGUUCUUCCCUCCUGUGGUUAGGGAGCCCGAAGUGGUAGACGCGAAGAAGAACGUGGAUGUUGAAGACGGGGUGGACCCUCUAGAGGGGGAGAAGGAUAUACAUGAAGAGGGAAAAGACGAGCUGAUCGAUGAGGAGCAGGAUGAAGAAGGCGUUGGGGAAUGGAUAGAAUGGGAUGAUCGGAAGGAUGGAAAGUUUGAUAAGGACGGGAAGGACAUGCGCGACUUCAACAACCAAGCAUUCAGCAAAGUGCAGAAAAAUGAAACGAAUAAUACAAUCGAUGGAGAGAUAAGCGAUUCUGGUGACGACCCCAGUGGGGAGAAGGAGGACGACGGAAGAGACUCAUUAUAUGCAGAAGACGAAUACAUACUGAUGAGAAAACGAAGACGCGAUGCGAAGGAUUCACGCUCUGGUGAACAACCAUCACAGGAAAAAGGACGACCACGGAGAGAGGUGAAGCGAGAGGCGCAAAAGAAACGGGCGAAUAGUGCCAAAGAUGGAAAACAGGGCAGCGAUUCACGUGCUGAUGAGGGUGACAAGCACAGGGGACAACCUAAUGGAGAGAAAAAGGAACAUCUCGAAGGAAUCAUGGACGAACAAUCUGCAGAACGACGUGGUGCAGAUAAGGUUGAUCAAGUUGAGGGACUAAGUAAACAGGUGGAGGAUUCAAAGGAAGGAUUAGACCCACCUAAGGAGGAAACUGACGGGAUGAGUGGUGAAAUAGGUGAGGGAAAAAUAUCAGAUAAAGGGGGAGAAGACCAGAAGAACGAGGCGAAAAACGCACAAAAUGUUGAACCACAGGGGAGCAAAAGUUCCAACGGGAAGAGGAAAAAAAGGAUGAGAAAAAGAAUGAGAGAGAAGCUGCAAACGAAAUGA